UAGAUGGCACUCACUAGCUGAAUUAUUUUGAAAUUUUAUUUUAAUGAAAGUUGAGUGAAAACCGUUAUAGUGUGAUAUUGUAUUUAUGCGAUAAAAAAUAAUUAAUAUUGAGUCGGCAUAAUUAAUUGAAAGUUUAGUGUUUGUCCGUCAAUGGUUGGUAACAUUGUUUGUUUACACGAUGGCGUCCGGUGGUGAAAAUACAAAUGAAGAAAGAACUGAAGCGUCUACACCAGCUCAACCCAUCUCUAAUGUCGUGUCGGAAGCAGCGCACAAAGUGAUAGCGAUGGACAAAGAUCCUGACCUGUCAAGUGUACCUCCAAAGAAAACUCGUGUUGAGGUGCAAUCGCUACCAACUAGACAGUAUCUGGAUCAAACGGUGGUUCCAAUUUUGCUGCAGGCUCUAUCUACAUUAGCCAAAGAAAGACCUACUGAUCCUAUUAGCUUUCUAGCAGGUUAUUUAUUAAAGCACAAAAGCCAAUACGAUAACGGUGGAUCACCACCAACUAGUCAGUAAUUUAAUUUUAUAUUAAACACGGUGACUUUGGAAAAAACUUAUUUGUGACAGAAAAUUUUUCAACGAUUAGUUUUGUGAAGACUUCCAUCAAAGUAUAUCUCUGUAAUUUCAAAUUAAAUAAAAAUGAAAUAGCUUUUUAUCUUUUAACGAAUUGUGUAUAUCUGUAAGUUAAAAGUCUUUUUGCUAGGUUGAAAUAAAUAGCAUGAACAUAUUGAUUCAA